GCAAUGGUUAAACUAUAAAUAUGCAUAGAGCCAUUUUUUUAGAAGUAUCGAGAAAUUUACUUCCUCAAAAAGUUUUAGACUCCUAUUGCGCAAAUCGCCAAUGGCUCCAAAAAAUACUAUCUAAUUUUAGAUUUAAAAAUACUGAUACGAAUUUGGCAUCUCCUAUAGUGCUUUUGUAUGGAUCCGCAGUCUCUGGAACAGCAUUCGCACAGGGCGACGCAGACUUUGCUGUUGUUUUUCCAAACUGUACAUCAGAAGAACACUUAUUAAAUAACGGUAUCUUUCACGAAGUCAGCUAUCGUGAUCAAGUGCCAAUUCUAUCUGAUUUACUUGAGCAUAUCAAUGAAAGAUGUUCUUUUGAGUUCUCCAAGCCGCAUCGAGUUUUCCUCGCACGAGUUCCUAUUAUCCAAUACGUAAGGAAAACGAAAGAUGAGAAUUUGAAAUUUGACUUAUCCCUAUCACUUCACGGGGUUGAAAAUUCGCUUCUCAUUCGAAGGUACAUGGAAAGCGCACCACAGCUUCGUUUAGGUGCACUGUGUGUGAAACACUGGGGAAAGAAGAUGAAGUUAGUAGACUCGAGAAAUGGAUGGAUAUCUGCAUAUUCACUUACUAUAAUGUAUAUUUUUUUCAUGAUUCGAACGGGCCGCAUAAGUGAUCCUAUUGAUGAGUCAGAAGUAUCCAAAAAAGUUCGAACGUUUGUCACUAAUUCUCUCCAUUCCGAAAUGUCACUAGAUAAUAUUCCCGAGUUUACAACGAUGAUACCUUUACAGGAAUGCGAUGUUGAGGCAGUUGUGCAUGAUGUUUUUGAAUUUUUCCAUUUUUAUGGAGGCGCUUCCUUUUUCGACUUUGACGUGGAUGUUAUAGAUAUUCGAAAGAAUGGCACUGUCAAAAAGAAAGAUGAAUGGCUGAGUAUGCUAGACAAAUUGGAUGCAAAAGAACGUUGGCACUUGCUUGGCUAUGAAAACAUCAUGAUGCGGGAUCCGUAUGAGAAUCAUAACUUGGCUCGUAGUGUGGAUUUUUUCAGGGGAGAAGCUAUUCGUGAAGCAUUUAGGAUAUCAUCCUCUAAAAAGAGUCCUCUGAGUUUUCUGUACGAUAUGCUGCAUUGAAACGAUGUCUUCCAAUUUUAUAGGUUAUUCACAUAAUUCAAAUGUUAA